AUGGCCCAACUGAAGUAUACACCACCCAGGCAAUCAUCACCAACUAUCCACGUUCCACAACAGCUUCAGGACUGCGAGUUCAUUUUUGUCCGAAAUGACGCGGUAAAGAAACCACUAACACCAACAUACCAGGGUCCAUUCAAAGUCUUAAAACGCUCUGAGAAGCAUCUCACCAUUGAUCGAGGAAAAGGACGGACACCAUCUCCAUCGACAGAGUCAAACCAGCUUUUCUGGAAAAAUCCCCACGGGAGACAGAACCCGUCUCAACACACCCAGAACCCUCACCUGCCUCAACAACCACGCAAUCGCAGCCGUCAAAACCGAGGUCGGAGCCAAUCCCAGAAUCACCCAUCACUCCACCUAGGCAGACCCUCAAGUCGAUCAAGCCCAGCAGCUGACGGGACCCAGCAGCAGUUGUUCAAACAGUUUUCUUCAGGGCUAACUUCCCAAAGUCAUUCGAUCACCACUCUUCGAGACUUCACUCUUCGCUACUGCCUUCCCUCUGUGACGCCAGCGCUCCUGCAGCCUUCAGAUCACUCUUGCUGCUUCAAGCUCUCUCCUGCAGCCUUCAGAUCACUCUUGCAGCUUCCAGCUCUCUCCUGCAGCCUUCAGCUCAUUCCUGCACCUUCCAGCACUCCUGCAGCCUUCAGAUCACUCUUGCAGCAUCCGGCACUCCUGCAGCUUCCAGCUCGCUCCUGUAGCCUUCAGCUCACCCUUACGGCUUCCAGCACUCCUACCGCUUCCAGCUCACUCCUGCAGUUUACAGCUCACCCCUACGGCGCUUUACUGACGUCCCGCGUCCUCUUCCAGUGCCCACUGACGUCUAGCACCCGUUAUCGUCCGGACACUGUUCAAACGACCUCUGUCUUUUUUUACCAUCCACCGUUUGCAAAUAAAGACACGAUUUCCAUCGUCUACAACGGAUCGUCUGCGUUUGUCAUCCUUCUUUGCUAUUGCCAUCUCCUUGCCCUUGUGUCCCCCUUUUAG